AUGGCUCAUGCCAUCGGUGGGUUGUACCUGACGCUAUCGUCUGAGGAAGUUUCCGGGUUCUGGCCUCGAAGCUUUUUUGCCUGGAUCUUACCACUCUUCCGAACCGGAUUUUCAACGGCGAUUGGGAUCAGCGAUAUACCAGAAGUAGAUCACGACUUACGUGGACACGCUACAAAUGCGAAGUUAAGUAGAGCUUGGAUGGAGUCUAAAGGCUCAUGGCGAAUUCUCAAAGCACUGUUCCGUGCCUAUCACUGGUCAAUCCUCUCUGCAAUUGUCCCACGCAUCGCUCUUAUAGCAUUCACAUUAUGUCAGCCAUUCUUGAUCUCCACAACUGUAACUUGGAUGGGGUCAGAGGUUACUACCGAAACGAAAGGUUAUGGCCAGAGUCUCGUUGGAGCUUAUGUCAUUGUGUAUUUUGGCAUGGCGAUCUCGACGGCUGUAUAUUUUCAACAAGUCAAUCGUUUCGCGACCAUGACACGCGCCGGGCUUGUUUCCAUGAUUUAUGACAAGACUAUGAUGCUAAAAGCUAAGGAUCUCAAAGAUGCAAAAGCUAUUACGCUUAUGGGUACUGAUAUGGAGAGAAUCCUGAAUGCCAUUAAAAACAUGCACGAAACUUGGGCAUCUAUUAUUCAAGCUUGCAUUGCUAUUUGGCUUCUUGAGCGUCAAGUCUAUGUGGCCUGUGUGGUACCUACACUAAUCUCUCUAUUCUGCGUUUAUCUGACUGGCCCGGUCUCCAAACGAAUGGCAGCUGCGCAGAAAGCUUGGAUUGAACGGAUCCAGAAAAGACUUGCUGUUACAUCGGCUAUGCUUGGUGAUAUGAAGGCAGUUCAGAUGCUCGGGCUCAAGGAAUUGUUAUUCAAUACUAUCAACAAUUUACGGGAACUUGAACUUAAAGACUCGGUGAGAUACAGAAAAAUUAUGGUAGUAGUCGCUGUAUUGUCAAAUGCUCCUCAAUAUCUCGCCCCGUAUGCAAUGUUCUUGACGUAUGGAAUUAUUGCUGCGGUUGGGAAGAACCAAACAUUGCUUGCAGCGCAAGCCUUCGCGUCCCUCUCUUUGGUGUCGCUAGUCACUGCUCCACUGAUUAAACUCGUCUUUUCUAUUCCAAUGUUAAGACAAGCGAUUGGCUGUCUUGAGCGUGUCGAGCAAUUCUAUCUGAAAGAAGAGCUUGUAACAGAGGACACUGAUUCUGCUAUCAGUAUUGACAGUCAUGGUGCCAUAUCUCACGAAGCGACUGAAAUGUCUGCACUGAAUAUGGAAAUCAUAAAUGGCCAAUUACUUGAAUUCAAAAACACAAGUAUAUCGUGGUCUAAGGAUUCGGACAUCGUUUUGGCAGGCUUGAAUUUCAGUAUCCCGGCAAAGAAAAUUACAAUGGUCGUGGGACCAGUUGGAUCUGGAAAGUCUUUUCUUCUCGAGAGCAUUAUCGGCGAAACAACAGUCAGACAAGGUGAUAUUACUAAUACGGUAUCAUACGCUGCAUAUUGUCCUCAAACCCCAUGGCUGAUGAAUAGUACAAUUCGCCACAAUGUUACGGGAGGGUCUGAUUUUGAUUCUAAAUGGUAUGAAUUCGUCAUCUCCUCAUGCGCACUACAAAGAGAUAUAGAAAAUUUUGAAUCUGGAGACCACUACAAAGCUGGAAGCAAUGGCAGCUCCUUGAGCGGCGGUCAGAAACAACGAGUGUCUUUGGCUCGUGCAGUCUAUUCGAGGCUACCAGUCGCGAUUCUUGAUGAUGUGUUCAGCGGUCUGGAUUCAAGGUCUACCAAUUCCAUAAUGCAAAGUCUCUUUAGCCCAGAUGGCUAUUUUCGGACAUCCAAAACAUCCGUGAUAUUGGCUACGCAUAAUUUGGAUCUUCUUUCAUACGCCGAUCAUAUUAUCGUUUUGGGUGAUGGGAAUGUAGCUGAUAAUGGAUCAUAUUGUGAUAUUCUCACGCGUAACCCGGAGUUGUUUACAACUUCAUAUUCCACGGAAAAGGAGUCAGAGGACGAGCUCAAACUAUCGACCAAACAGGAUUUUACCUCUCAGAAAUUCGAAAAACCAGGUGAUAAAAAUGCGAAUAAAGGAAAUGGUAAAUCGAAUAAUGGUGUGGGUAUCCUACAACGAAAUGGAACCCGGGGUGUAUAUCAGUACUACAUUCAUCGAGCUGGGCCAUACAUCUGCUUAGCAGCCGUUGGAGUAAUGAUCAUUCAGGCUUUUACAGCAGAAUAUGCUACGGUAUGGCUUCAAAAUUGGUCAAACGAAAAUGAAAAGAAUCCGAACGGUCAUCUGGCGAUGUAUCUAGGCGUAUAUACACUACUCAACGCACUUACGCUUGCCGGUCUCAUUGGAUCCGCCUGGCUUAUUACAAUUGUGAUCAUCACAAAUACUGCACGUGGACUUCAUACGGACCUUCUGAAAGCAACUCUUUGGGCCCCGAUCAGCUUUUUACAGAAAUCCGACAAAGGGUCUUUGAUUAAUAGAUUCAGCCAGGACAUCAACUUGAUCGACAUGCAACUGCCUAUCUAUAUGUAUAAUUUUGCAGAAGGAGCCGCCAUGUGUAUUGUCAUACUGGUCAUUAUCUGUGUUGUGGGGAAAUAUUUCGCCGUAGCCAUUCCUGUGAUUGCCAUCAUAUUGUGGGGUGUCCAACUCUACUACCUGCGCACUUCACGGCAAGUCAGGCUUCUCGACAUUGAAGCCAAGGCACCGCUCUAUUCACAAUUCAUGGAAACCGAAUCCGGUGUGUCCGUUAUUAGGUUGAUGAAAUGGCAAGCCCGAUUUCGAGGUCAAUGCGAAGAAAUUCUUGACUAUUCCCAGAAACCACUCUACAUGCUGUAUUGUAUUCAGCAGUGGUUGAAACUGGUUUUGGAUUUGAUUGUGAUGGCAAUGGCGGUGGUUAUAGUGGCCACAGCGACCGGGUUGAAGAAUCAUAUCAGUCCUGGUGCUGCUGGUGUUGCAUUGACUCUUGUUCUUCUGUUCAAUACUGAUUUGACCAACACAAUCCAGUUCUGGACACUCACAGAAAUAUCCAUAGGGGCUGUUGCGCGUAUCAAGCAGUUUGCAGAAGACACUCCGUCCGAAAGUCGCCUUGACUGUGAUCCUGCUCCUCCUAGCCACGAAUGGCCCUUGCAAGGUGCUAUACGUUUCGAGGACGUCACAGCCUCCUAUAGCACAGAUACAGCCCCGAUCCUGAAACGGCUGUCUCUAGAUAUCAAACCCGGAGAGAAAAUAGCCAUUUGUGGCCAGUCCGGAAGUGGAAAGACAUCCUUGAUUUUAUUACUUCUACAAAUGAUAGAUGUGCAGAGUGGCAAGUGUAUCGUCGACGAAAUCAAUUUGGCAUCACUCGACCGAGGAGACAUUCGCACCAGACUAAAUGUUGUCACCCAAGAACCCUUCUUCAUACCUGGCAGUAUCAGAUUGAACCUUGACCCACAUAACCGAGCGUCAGAUGAAUGCAUUGAAUCCUCUAUCAAGAAAAUUGGCUUAUGGGCCCGAGUUGAGGCCAACGGUGGACUUGAUAUGACUUUUGUUGCAUCUGACUGGUCUAUGGGUGAGAGACAAUUAUUCAGUCUAGCCAGAGCUUUGACCACACCGAGUCCUAUUCUCGUUUUAGACGAAGCCACGAGCAGUGUGGAUUGGGAGACAGAAACAACGAUGCAGAAGAUUAUUGAUGAUGAGUUCUCAGCAAAGACCAUUGUUUCCGUUGUUCACCGGCUGCGAUUUAUCAACCGGUACGAUCGAGUUGCCGUCAUGAAAAACGGAGAGCUAGUAGAAUGCGAUCGACCACAGUCCUUGCUCAAUGGUAGCACCGAAUUUAAAAAGCUGCACGAUGCUAUGGGGAUCAACUCAUAG